AUGACCCGGUCGAGGUUAACUCUCGCCCUCUUGGUCCUAGUCGUCUGCCUAUUUACUGCGUCUGCUAUCGAUUGGACAUUUUGGAACGACGACGACGAUGACACCCCUGCACCAACCACCAAAAACACACCUGCCCCUUCGACACCUACGCCGACAAUACCCACUCCGACUGUGACGCCUUCUUCGGGAUCCUCUAACCUUCCGACGGGAAACACGCCGACCACGUCUGGCUCCUCAACUCUAGAAGAUAUGCUCAGUGCCUCAGGCUCAGGAUCGUUUAUUGAUGCCUCGACUAUCAAGGUCAAUGCUGAACUUGCCAAGGUAACGGAUGCCACAAGCGACGUCAAGUCGACGUACCGCAACUGGGUGGGCCCUCGAGCCAUUUCUCCCGACGCCGCCUGCUACCGUGAAGCGCAUAUCAUGGAUACGUGUCCAACAAACUUCGAUCGCAAUAAGGCAACCAACACAUGCUGGGCCGAGUGCCCGAUUGCCUACCCUGUCGAAUGUGGUAUGCAAUGCAUCCGCCAGAACGACGACUGUUUGAUGGAGACACUAAACAAGGUCGGAGCUGUGGCUAACUCGGCACUGGCUAUCGCUUCGUUCGGUGCCUUCCAGAAGCUGUGGCAGGUGGCCAAGGGCGUGCACCGCGCGUUCGACUGCGUCAACAUGAUGAUCGGGACCAUGAGAUCAAUUAUUCGCUAUGUGCGUAACAUUAAAACUACCGAUCCGAAAGCCUCUGCAGACAAAAUUAUGAACAUCAUGUACCAGUCGAAUAAUAUCGUGACAGAUCUGCCCAUUGCGGUAUACCUGUGCAUGGGUUGGGAUCUGCCACGACCACUCGAUAUCUCUGGUCGCGUGCUCACGACGAUGAGCUGGAUCCUGUUGAACGCCAUCGCCUACCGGGAAGACAUUUUCUCCAGCUGGAGUAAAUUUAAAGCUUUUCUGGUCGGUGCCAACUUCACGGAGGCCGCCAACAAGGUCAACGAGACAGAGAUCGGGACGCUCAGCGACGCUCUGAAGUCCAAAUCGACGUGUGGCUACGAUCUCCGAGCGUUGACGGACCGCACGUGGAACACCGUGAACCAACUGCGAGCAGACAACCCGGGCAUCUCAGAGGACGACCUGCGUCUCAAGAUGCAGAACACUCCGCUCGUGACGUCUGACAUCGCUAUCGUCACCAAUAACUGCAUGGAGCAAAUGAUUGCAGAGUCGGAUGAGGCUACGGCCUACAAGACGCGUGAGAAGAUCCGCACGGCGUUCAGUGGCAUGAUCAACCAACUUGUGUCCACGGGCAAGAGUAACAAUGGCUCGACUGAAGAUGCGAAUCAAUUCAUGUACACAGCGUUCAGCAAGACCCUCAUUUCGAUCGCUGUUACCGGUUUCGACCUCAUCGGUGUCAUGGGUAUGGCCGCUGCGUACUUACAAACGGUGUGUGGUCCGACGAAUUUUAUCGGUGAGAUAGACGACGGAAAUGACCCGAAGACACUAGGUCUAACUACGAUCCAGAAGGCUUUCACCAAUAGCUCCAUGUCUUGGACCAAGAAAGGUGACGGCGCAGUGAUCGUUGAUUUUAAGAGUGUUGACACCAAGGACGUGACAGUUAACAUCAUGUCAGGUGGUGACAAGGUCGACGAGGUGGAGGUCAAAGCAGGGGGCACCGCCAAGUGGAAAUCCAACGUCACGGGCUUAGCAGGCAAGACGCUUUACUUCGAUCGUUGGCAUCCAGGCUUCCUAGGUUUGCCUGGAACAGGAGGUGGGUCACUUCUCCUGUGGGUGCCUCAUGCAUCUGAAGGUGGCCACUUGGAGAUUCAAGCCAAGCUGAACGUCAGCUAA